AGUGCUGUCAUCGUCACUGGCGGCUAUUUUUGUAUGUUGUUGACUUAUCUCCACUCUCGAUACAAACAACAAACAAGUGCGUAACACAAGAUAUACCCGCUUCGCCACGUUGACCCCCUCCAUCCCCGUCUCCAAUUCUCCAUCCAGUGCCCUCCUCCCCUCCACCUCCUUCCCCAGGAGCAUCCUUCCAGCGAGUCUCGGUCGUCGGCGCCGUUAGACUAGUACGGCCUUGUCGCCGAGGCGUUGCUAUAGUUACCUGUGACACGAAUCCAUACUGCACGAAGGAAGGAAGUGUGACAGCAAGCGGCGCUUAGCCUAACUGCAUUGGUGUCAGUAAGCGAAGCCCGUGGAGCAGCAUCACCUGAUGAUUGUCUGGUCAGGUGAGACUUUGUCCGACUGAAGGUAGAUUACAGGCACGUGUUGGAAGAGUGCGACCAUGGAGUCAGCUCUCGACAUUCGAUCUCCCACCAAGGAUACCCCGAAAAUCGAGGUGACCCAUCCGCAUGUGCCAAUGGGUUCUCAGGAAGACCUCAUCACCAAGGCACCCGACUCGCCUCCUUAUCGGGGUGGACAGGAUAACCCUGCCUUUGCGCACGAUGCUGCUUCCCUCUUCCCGCGGGCGCCAUCUCCUGUGGAUCCCAUCUGGUCGCCGAGUGAACCAACCUUUCCAGGGUUCGUAUCCUAUCGCCGGGGCAGCUACAGCUACUCCCUGUCAGGGGUGGACAAGGACAAUCUUGCUGUCCCCUACCUCAGCCACAAAGCCAGACGCCAGAGUCUAGCUUCAACAUGGAGCAGAGACUCGUCCGGUGUUGUGGGGAUGUCGCUGGCUUCCCCCAAACGUCGCCUGAAGCCAGUGUCGUCGCUGACCAUCGAUGUCUCCUCCGACGUGCGGUCGCAGGCGGCGCCCAGCCCCGGGCUGUUCAGCACGCGGUCAAUGUGGAGCACCUCUGACCUCCUGCAGACCCCCGCCAACCUUGACCUCGAGACUAUGUCCAACAUGUCGGGUUCAAUUCGCAGCAGAGGCCUGUCCAUUUACAGCACAGACACUGACCUGCCCUUCAGCAGGCCUCGUUUCAGCCUGGGGACCAGCAGCCUGUCGAAUGUCAGUGGCAGUCUGGGCGACCGCAUGCACGAGCUUGUCCGCGCCUUCUCCAGUCGCACCCAGCGCUGCAAGGAGCGAAUCUCACAGCCUCCCACCCCUUCGUCUCUCUUCCAGUGGAGACGCUCGCUCAGCCAUCUCGGCCCUGGACGACAAGCCUCAGCCCCGCAACAUUCGCUUCAACUCUUUCAUUCCGCUGGGCUCGCGCACCAGCGACGCCUUCUCCGAGCCUGGCCAGGAGACCUUCGUCGGCGUCGGCCAUUGCCGCUUCAAGUUGCCAAAUGUUUCAAGAGAAAAAUGCGCUUCCCCGAGACCAUUGAACCGCACAAUACUAACCAGCCGGUCCGAGGGCAAGCUGUAUCUUCCUGGCUGUGUGUGGUGAUGGUCGCCUACAUGUACAACGUGACUGUCAUCCCACUGCGCGCCGUCUUCCCCUACCAGACACAAAACACGGUCUACUGGCUCAUCUUUGACUACACCUGCGACAUCAUCUACAUUCUGGACAUACUAAUCUUUAAAGGGAGACUCAGAUUUACCGACAACGGUAUUGUUGAGACAGACAGACAGAAAACAAAGAAGCACUACUACAGCAAAUGGAUGUUUAAGUUCGACAUCUUCUCGCUGAUGCCCCUUGACCUCUUCUACAUCCUGGUGGGGAUCAGUGGCACGAGCGUGUGGCUCCGUCUUCCUCGCAUCUUUAAGAUACAGACCUUCUGGGAGUUUUACGAGCGCUGCGACCAGGCUGCCAAGUCAUCUGCACAUGCUGUCAGGAUCGUGAAGACGAUGACGUACAUGUUGUACUUGAUCCACAUCGAGACGUGCGGCUACUACGCUGUGUCUGUCUACGAGGGCAUCGGCAUCAACCGCUGGGUGUACAGUGGCAAGGGCAAUGCUUACAUCCGCUGCUUCUACCUGGCCACGAAAACGGCAACUUCCAUUGGCAACAACCCCAAGCCCACCAACAACCUCGAGUACAUGUUUAUGACCUUCUACUGGCUGUCUGGCGUCUUUGUCUUCGCUCUCCUCAUCGGCCAGAUUCGGGACAUCGUGGAGGCUGCCGGGCAGGUGAAGGACAAUUACCGCAAGAAGAUGGACGCCGCGAUGUGGUACAUGCAGUCCAUCAACAUCUCGCACGGAAUCCAGGACCGGGUGCGCAAGUGGUUCCUGUACAACUGGGAGCAGUCCAAGACGAUUGACGAACGCUCACUAGUGGCAGCCUUGCCCCGGAAGCUCCAGGCUGACCUCGCUAUCAAUGUUCACUUCAAUACUCUCAGUAAAGUGCAACUCUUUCAGGACUGUGAGCGCAACUUGCUGUAUGACUUGGUCUUGAAGCUCAAGCCCAAUGUUUUUCUGCCUGGCGACUACAUUUGUCGUAAGGUAGGGAGAAGUCGGAAAGAGAUGUACAUCGUCAGUCAAGGCCAGGUGGAGGUGCUGGGAGGAGAGAAUAACGAGCGUGUCCUGGCGACCCUCACCGAGGGCAGCGUGUUCGGGGAGAUAAGUCUGCUAGCGAUGGCAGGGGGAGGCAACCGACGCACUGCGGACGUUCGUUGCAAGGGCUACACCAACGUCUUCACUUUGUCCAAGAGUGACUUCGAGGAAGCCAUGACCGAGUACCCAGAGGCUCAGAAGCUCCUCAAGAAGCGGGCCAAGAGGCUACUGAGGGAAAACGCCAAGCUGGAAAAGAAGUGUCAGAAGACAGUGGCCGAAGAAAUCAUAAAACCACCCUCAGAAACACCCAAGUUGGUCAAGACUGUUCUACAGGUGCUAAACCCGGAGUCUACGGUGGCCCAGCGGUUGGGCUCUUCUAUCAAACGUUCUUCUACCACUUCCAAUGGGAAUCACCUGCAGGUACCUGGUCCUCAACACAAAACACGGAACAUCGACCAUGCGCAGAGAAACAAUAUGGCCUUCGACAUAAGUGACGAACAGCUGCAGCCUCACAUUAAAACAGACUUUUACGGCGAUGACUACCGAGAUAUCGACGUCAACGACAAUGAAUGUGACGAAGUACUCAUCGUUGAGAGAAUUGAACAGGCCACUCCAGACUUGGAUGUAGAUGACGAAAAUCUGGGUGCGGAAGAUUCAGACAUCUCCGAUGUAGAGACUGGUGAAAGAAAUCACUGUUCUGAUGAAUAUGACCCUGUUUCCCAGGAGACGAAUUUCUGCCCAGAGGGACAUGCUGAGUUCGUGGAACCCGACAUGUGGAAACAGAAGAGGGGAAAAGAUGUGAAGAAGAAAAGGAGAAAAAUGAAGGAGAAGACAGGCGAUGAAGCGGAGAAGAUCAGCAUCAACGAUGACAGUCAAGAUUCAGGAUUCCCCACUCAAAGCACAGAGAAGUUUAUCACGCCGGAGGACAGCAAAGACCACCUUGACACCGCGGCUCCAGCAGCAACUCUCGAGCAUCCAGCUCUGCAGAAACGACACAGCAGUCCGGCCACCACGCAGCUCGCGUCCUCAACCCACAAGGCGGAUGAAGAAGCUGACAACAAAGGGAGUAAUUUGCUUAUGAUGCAGGCACGAGGACUGACUGCCCCCGAGCGUGUCCGCAAGGUCAGCAUCGUGUCACUGCCAUCAUUUCCAGGAUCGGUUACCGACGCAGAUAAAGACACGAACCUGGUGCGCGUGACUCGCAGCAGCGACAACCACAACAUCGUAGGCUUAGGGGGUGCGAUGACCACCACGCCGCAGCCUUCCAUGACGCCAGUGGAGACGCCCUUACCCUCCGUGGGCGGCGUCCCCCAGGUCAACGGGCUUCCCAGUCGAGCGGCGUCCGAGGAAUGUGCCCCCCGCUCCAUCCCUCCCGAGAACCAGGUGACGUGCGCUGUGGAGGUACAUCGCGAGAAGACCAAGACGCCCACUGUGAUGAUGGUGGAGCAGUCGACGACAACGCCAAUGACACCCGAGACUGUCGGUCCCCGCGUCAGCCCCACCCCGUCCACCACGUCGCGUUCGCUGCUGCCCUACGAGUACGGGUGCAUGAGGGAGACGAUCGUGUGAGCAGAGCUCCUUCCGGCAUCCUGUUCCUUCAAAUCUUUCUACAACAUUCUCCUUAUGUGAUUUUGUUUUACAGCAGACUUCUCAUUACAAAAAAAUAUAGAAACCAACGGAGUAGUAAACUGUAUGGACUUGAAUAAUACUGCUGUACAUCUUGCAAUAGUCUUGAUGUCAUUAAAAAAAAAAAAAGCAAAGAGUACCCUGGUUGUUAUCCACAUUACAGAGUCGCCUAGUUGUACAUUUAAGGAAUAUUCACGGAAUGGUCUUUUGAACCAACUGGCACCUUGAGCUUUAACCUGGGAAAAUAAACACAUUCGCAAGUUGUCGCUAGAAAGCAGGGGAAAGAAUGGACCUCACAAGAGCAAUGACUACAAUGAAGUGUUCCGCAAGCAUUCAGCCCAGUCAUCCCUUCCAUGUCUUUGUCAAUUUGAAGAAUAAAGCAACAGUUGCCUGUCGGUUUGUGCGCGUGUAGAUUCAACCUGCAGGUGCAUGUGCAUGCCUGUGAACAAGGAGGAACAGGAGACGGGAAUGUCCAAGAAAAAACAGGAGAAAGAAGAGAUCAUGGGCUUGGCUUGGCGUGCGACAGCGCGUGUCGUGGAUGCACGUAAAGGAAAUAAGAUGAAAAGCUAAGGUGAGAUGGGAGUUGAUGGCAGGCCUGUACAGAGGAAAUAUGUAUGCAGAUCAUCAAUAACAACAAAAACCCAGCCAAUGCGGAAAAUACCUUCAGGUAACAAAGGUUUCAGUCUGUGUCCCUUGAAAUGCUAAACUGAGUGUGCAGAUGCAUGUUUUGUAAGCAUGAAUCGUGUUCUAAGAAAUUUAAAGUCAGAUCAUUUGAUGGAGCAACACCAGGAAUAAUAUUGAUAACACUGAUCGAUCUUCAUCUCAUUUGCAAGGCUUAUGAAAACAAGAAUUUUUUAAAUUUUUAUCUUUUAAUAAGAUUUCAAAGUUAAAAGAAUCACUGAUCGACAGACCUGUCAUCUCUUUUGCUCAGAAGUGCACACAUUCACAGUAACUAAGGUAACCUCAGAGAUCCUUUGGCUCUUAUGUACAGGUUGGAAUUGUUCACAUUCACAUUUCAUCUGACUGUGCCUCCACAUUACUACAUGGAACAGCUAUCAGGUUAACCGUUCAUAAGUUGACCGAAGCAACUAGAUUUUGCACAAUAGGCAUGUUGCCAAACAUGUAAGAUACAAAUCUUUCAAUCCCUACAAAUAACCAUCUCUAUGUAUUGAUUCCCAUCCAUGUAAAUUGGUUUGAAAUUUAAAAAAAAAAAUAGUUGAUGAAUUAAAACUGUUAAUACAGUUUUAAAAAAUGUAGAUAGGCAUAAAGAGACCAUUUA